UGCGGGACGCGGCGCCGCUCGCUCGGUCCUGCGGGGCUCCCGCGCCCCCGCGCCGGCACCGCCCGCGCCUCCGCCGCGCCGCAGAACCGAGAGGCAGAGCUUGGUAUGAUACCAUGGAAGGGCAGCACAACCACCCUCAUCAUCUAGGGGACCAGAACAACCCUCUGUGCAAGCUGCCGGGGCAGGAAUUCCAGCAUGAUCCUCAGAGACAUUUAACGUCGUACCCGUAUCGCUGCACCUUGGCAGAUUUUCAGAUUGAGAAGAAGAUUGGGAGAGGCCAGUUCAGCGAGGUUUACAAAGCAACUUGUCUCCUGGACAGGAAACCUGUGGCUCUGAAGAAAGUGCAGAUUUUUGAAAUGAUGGAUGCCAAGGCAAGGCAAGAUUGCAUUAAAGAAAUUGACCUCUUGAAGCAACUGAACCACCCCAACAUAAUUAAGUAUUUGGAUUCUUUCAUUGAAGACAAUGAGCUCAACAUAGUCCUGGAGCUGGCUGAUGCUGGGGAUCUCUCUCAGAUGAUUAAGUAUUUUAAAAAGCAGAAACGGUUAAUCCCAGAAAGGACGGUGUGGAAAUAUUUUGUGCAGUUAUGCAGUGCAGUGGAACACAUGCACUCCCGCAGGGUGAUGCACAGAGACAUAAAACCAGCCAACGUGUUUAUAACAGCCACAGGGGUGGUGAAGCUGGGAGAUCUUGGAUUAGGCCGUUUUUUUAGUUCUAAAACCACUGCAGCACAUUCCUUAGUGGGAACUCCCUACUAUAUGUCCCCAGAGCGAAUACACGAGAACGGCUAUAACUUUAAGUCUGAUAUCUGGUCUUUGGGCUGUUUAUUGUAUGAGAUGGCAGCUCUGCAAAGUCCCUUCUAUGGAGAUAAAAUGAACUUGUUUUCUCUUUGCCAAAAAAUAGAGCAAUGUGACUACCCACCUCUUCCAGCUGAACAUUAUUCUGAGAAGCUGCGGGAGCUGGUCAGCAUGUGCAUAUACCCUGACCCCGACCAGAGGCCUGACAUCGGUUACGUGCACCAAAUAGCCAAACAAAUGCACGUGUGGACUACGAGCACAUGAGCGCCGGGCCGGGGAGCCAGCACAGCUCAGUCUUACUUGAAUCCUUUUUCUCAGCUGAAAGCAACUGGUGCCAGGUCACACAGGUGGGAGGUUAAGCACUCGCAGCAGAGGCUCCAGCAUUUGCAGGUUAUUUGACAAGGACUUAAAGGUGGUCGUGCUUUAACGUGAAGAUUCUGUGAGGUAUUGCAAGUGAUUCUCUUUAUUUGUUAUUUUUAAGGCCAAUAAUGUUACGGAUGUAGAUCAUUUAAGGGUCCUUUCUUAAAACUCUCGUGUGUAAUCUAGGAUAGCAGCUAUUACCGAGGGCUCAGCGUUUGCCAGACCUUCUAUCUUAACUGUAAUGUGAAAUAUUGAAAUAAUUCCUUCAGUGAAAUCACUUUAUACUAAUGUAAGGAUUACCAUAGAUUUUGUGUAAUUUGUAUAACUGCUACUUUGCCUCUUCUGCAAAUGGUUAAUAGCAAAUUCAGUUUUUACUUGGUA